AUGACGUCCCUGAAGGCCUGGAGGCAGCUCUACCGCGCCGUCUCCUCUCGCGUCGGUCCGGCCUCCCGUGAGUGGAGGUCCGCAAGGGGUGACAAUCAGGUGGCACGGCACUACUGUCCCCAGGCGUUUCCUGGCUUGUUAGCAGCCACUAAUGCGGCCUUCAGUACGGUGCAAGAUUGCAGUCUUGCAAACCCCAGGGGUGGGGCGCGCACCGGCUCAAUUGUUCCCCUCCUGGGGCUAGCUGCCGCGGCUGCCAGCUUGUACGCGAGCGCCGCAAGCAUGGAGGCGGAGAAUCUGCGGGAGGAGGCUGACGCCCAGGACAGGGGCGGCUGCUCGCCGUCUGAUGCACCACCCCUCGAAUCAGCUGAGGCACUCGCUGAGAAGUUCACUGGGAUCCAAUUCCCUCUGCAAGUGCGGAUGUCAAAGAAGUGUGGAGAAGGCGGUCAACAGUAUCACCUCUUAGGGACGGCAGUCAGGUGCAUGCUUGGGGCCUGUUCUUACAAGUACGCACGGGCGUAUGCGGUGGGCGUAUACAUUGAGGAGGGGCAGGAGGCACGGCGGUGGCUGCCCGGGAACGGCGCAGGUCCGGCCACCACGGAGGCCCUGCGGAGAGAGCUGCUGGCGGCGGUGGGGGCGGGGCGGAUGCUGCGGCUGGUCAUGGACAGGGACGUGGACGGGCACCACAUCGCCAAGGGCUUUGAUCGCUCCUUGAUUCCGCGUGUUCGAGAAAGGCAAGGGGGUUUCAAGAAAGGGGACGGGAAGAAUGCGCUGAAGCAGUUUACGAAGGUUUUCUAUAGCGAGAAAAUCCUGAAGAAGGGCACGAAAGUAGAACUGUUAUGGCGACCUGACAACUCCCUGGUGACAAGCAUCGAUGGCAGGGUAGCGAGCGUGAUCUAUAGCCCAAUCCUGUGUCAAUCGUUGUUUGACGUGUACUUUGGCUCAGACAACAUCUUCAGUAAAUACAACAAUACAGCCUUUCAAUUCUUAGGACAGUACGAAGACCGACCAUGA